CGGCGCGCUGUGCAGAGCGCAUGCCCCGGGGGGUUUAUUAUCUUCUUUCUGUUCAAGUGCCAUUUCGUUGCAUGCAGUGCAGUCUAUAAAACAGAAUGCGUUCUCCGCGGGUCUCGAGUUUCCUAUCACUUAUCGUCAUUCGUAGCGUAUAAACAUAACAGCACGCGGUCAUUAGCCCGAUUCAUAUUGUUUACGUAUCCGUCUGACACAUGAGAGCGCGGCUGGAGCGCGGCUAAAAUUGCGUCGGCAUCACUUCGGCGAUCGUAAAGGACAAGCAUAGAUCGUUCGUGGCGUCUCUCGAGCGUUGCCAGAUAUCUUUGACGUGACUUUCUCACCGAGCAUCCGUGCAAAAAUGUCAGCCAGCUACGCGGACGGGUUAUCGCCGUACGAAAACAAAGGAGUGUUGGGGCAGGAAGAGAGAUACGACACUGUUGAAACGCUUCGCCUGAAAUGCGGCCUUCUGGCCGACUGGAUACAAGGCGCCCGUCACGUCGUGGUCCACACUGGUGCCGGUAUUAGCACCGCUGCGGGUAUUCCGGACUUCCGAGGUACAAAUGGUGUAUGGACAUUGGAACAAAAAGGUCUGAAACCUUCAAUGAACAUUUCUUUUGAUGAAGCAAUUCCUACAAAGACACACAUGGCAAUGAAAAAAUUGAUAGAGGCUAAAAGAGUAAAGUUUAUCAUAAGCCAGAACAUAGAUGGUCUGCAUUUACGAUCGGGAUUACAGAGGCAGUAUCUUGCAGAAUUGCAUGGAAAUAUGUUUACAGAACAGUGCGACAAAUGUGGCAGACAAUUUAUUCGCAAUUUUGCAACCAAAAGUGUGGGGAAAAAAUCUUUGGAUACUGUAUGCAGAUCAGAACAAGUAGGCGGCCGUCCGUGCCGUGGUCGAAUGCACGACACUAUUCUUGAUUGGGAGCAUAAUUUACCGGACAGUGAUUUGACAUUAUCUGACUUACAUUCCAGUGUCGCCGAUCUAAGCAUAUGCUUAGGAACAACAUUACAAAUUAUUCCGAGCGGUAAUCUACCUUUGUACACAAAAAAAUACGGAGGUCGUCUGGUUAUAUGUAACCUACAGCCCACAAAACACGACAAGAAAGCCGAUCUCAUUAUUAACGGCAAUGUGGAUGAAAUAAUAGUCGCAGUCAUGAAAAAGUUGGGACUAGAAAUUCCGGAAUACGAAAGCAGCAUGGAUCCGACACGGAAUUCUGACACAACCGCUAAAGAAAUGGACUGGACAAUCCCGACCAGUAGAAUAAAAGAGAUGAAUGUACUUUACAAAAAGGUAUGUAAACCAAUGCGAAGGAAACGGAAAACAUUUAUGUAUGAGAGGGAGAGGACAGAUCCCAAGAAGGAAACUAAAACCAAGAAACAAGCGUUCCCAGUUAAGCAAGAAAUCAAAACAGAGGAUAAUAUUACUACGUCAGGUGAAAUAUGUAAGACACAGAGUGCUCAUGUGGCUAACGACUCCGUUAAAGCGGAAGAAAAUGCGGAAGAUAUCGAAAUGUGUAGAUAUUCGAUGGCAAGCACAAUUGAGCAUAACACUGAUUUACAAAUGAACCAAACAGUGUAGCAAGUUUUGACAAAGCGAUAAUUUUUUAUUCUAAUAUUUCCAUUACUCUCAGUGUACGCUACAGUUAUUUAUGAGUGCGUAUCGAAUGAUGUUCAUUGUAUGCAAAAAAUAUUUAAAAGUGAAAUAGGUUUGCAAACAUCCAAUAGACAUGUGAGCUCGCUCAUUGCACAUUUAGCAUUAAAUGCAGCUGUAUCUUUAUAAUUUCUUGCCUCUAUGCAGAGAUAUACGAGAUGUUGAAACAGAUUUAUAUUUAGAACAUGCUUUUAUCUGUAUCAACUAUUUCUAUGCUUAUAGACUCAACAUUCAUAUAUACUAGAUGUUCCAAAAUUCUGUAGAAUCAAUCAAUUUUGAUUCAUAGAAUGUGAUUAAUUCUGUGCUAUAUAUAAUUGUUAUAAAAUAAUUAUUUAACAAUUAUUCAUGAAUCUAUGAUUCUAUGAAUUAUACUACUAUAGGAGAAAAGUUUUUCUAAAAAAAACAAGAUAAAAAGUUUCUGCGACUUUUUAAUUUGAACAAUGGUUUUUAAAAAGAUUGGAAUCAGUCAUAACGAUUACUUAUCUGUGACUCGUGUGUGCUCUUAUCAAAGUUGUGCUCGCAUCGGGGCAUAUUCAAAAAGCAAUAAUCAAUUUUAGAAACAAUAAUAUUUCGAAGUGUAAUUUUGUAAGCACCUUUUUAGUGGAUAAAGUUGUGAAACGUUUAACGUUAGAUGUGCCAUGAGGCUCAUAGAUUCAUUUACAGAACACGUCAUUUAUCAUUAAAAAAAAAAAAAUAGAAAAGUACUCCCAAUAAUUGUAUAUAUUCUGAUUAGUAUCUAAAGUUGCGUUCAUGUUGCAUCUGCUUUUUACAACUUGCCUAUAUAUUUACGCAUAUGCAUAUUAGAUAUCGUGACGAGAGAUUCAAUAUGAAUAUCUCAACGAGCAACGUGUUCCAGAUUUCUCGUGCAUAAUACGAUACUUUUUCCACUAUAGAGAUUACUUAAUAAGAUUAUAAAAGAGAUCUUCCUAUAUAAGAUAUUUCGCCAGUAUAAGAAUCUCCAUGAAGCUUUUUUUAAUUGUAGCUAGAUUCGAAGUAGUUGCUGAUCGUAAUAAUAAAAAUAAUUCAAGUAUGGGCUACUUAGUGUUUGUGCAAUUUAUGCCCAUAAAAUGAUCAAAAGUGGAAAUCAGAUAGAUUUUUAUAUAAUCUGCUGAACAAUACAAUCUACAUGUAUAAUGAUAUUUUUCAUUCUUUCAGAUUUUUUUCUUGAUGAUUUUGUAAUUUUCAAUUUUUAAUUGUGACAAAACGAUAUGUGUAUAAAACACACAUGAAAUACAUCAAAAACAUAUAUCUUGAUUAAGAUUAUUUCGAAUAUUUUCGGCGUGAUUGAAAUAAAAUAUAAUCCAUAAAAAAAAACGAGUAAAAUAAAAGAAUGGCCUUUUAAUGUAGCAUUCCAUAAGCGGUUGCAUCAUAAUGAAGUUUUGUUUCUACUGGCGAUAUUUCACGUGUAACUUCCCUAAAUAUAUUGCUUUCGUAAAUACGUUAUUCCAGGUCUCGUGCGCGUUUAAUUGCCCUUGAUGUUCAGAUAUGUUCGCUUUUACAAAAAUUAACAGCGCACACGGGACCGAUUUACGAAUGCGCGUCAUGUUAUAACGCACAUGUUUGUAUGAGUAAGUUAUUAGCACUAUUGCUGCAGGCUGAUGUUAGAUUGUCCGAUAAAUUUAGAUGUUGAAUUUUUAACAGAGUGCGCCUUUUUCCAUAUAGUGUUGAAAAAAAGGAAUGUUGAAAGUAAAAGUUUUAACGAUAUCUCACAGUUAGUACGCUAAAACGAUUUUCGCGCGUAGAUGAUACAAGCUGCAACGUAUAGAAUGCAUUCUGUGAUGGAGUGCAAUAUAGUGAAUCAUAUAGUAUUUAUAUGUACAUAGUGGUUUGCUUCAUUCAUCGUAAUAUGACUUUAUUUAAGUAAUCAUUAUUAUUCGCCAGAUAUAAUAUUCGAAAUAAAAAGUACAUCUAUGAAAAGUA